UUUCGGUAGUUAGUGAUCACUCCUGAUCAUAACAGACUUCACAGAGGAUAACUAAAGGAUAUCUCAAAGAGAAGAAGAAGUUCUAGGAAAGAAAAUCCUUCAACUACUUCGGACAUUUUUCCGCAUAGAUUUUUUCCUGCAGCAAGAAAGAAAGGAAACGAACUACAAGCAUGCCUGUGGCCAGGAUGAGGAUGAGGCAGUGGCUGGAGAAGAUGAUCGAGUCCGAGAGCAUCGAAGGGCUGCGCUGGGUGGACAAGGAUAAGAAAACAUUCUCAAUUCCUUGGAAACAUGCAGCCAGACACGGUUGGGAGAUGGAUAAAGAUGCAUCCCUGUUCAAAGAGUGGGCGAUCCACACUGGAAAGUAUGUCCAGGGUCAGGCUACUGAUCCCAAGACUUGGAAAGCCAACUUUCGGUGUGCCAUGAACUCCCUUCCUGACAUCGAGGAGGUGAAAGACAAGAGCAUCAACAAAGGCCACCAAGCUAUGCGAGUCUUCAGAAUGCUGCCAGUUUCUCCCAAAUGCAAAGCUAAAAGGAGCAAAACUGAAGCAAAGCACAAAAACAAGAAAACAUCUGUCAAGAUGGAGGAAGACAGCGACUACAGCGACACACGGUCUCCCGUCAGCACAACCAUGCAAGAGUCCAACUUCUGCACGCAGGAGAACACAAUCGACAGCACCGCCGAGGUCGAGCAAACAGAAUUUCCUUACGCCGGCUUGUCUGAAGUUCCAGAUUGGUCUUUGUCAGUUGAGAUUGGGUCGGACCCGUUUUCAAUGUUUUCCCACAGAUUUGAAGUUUCCCCUGAACACAGCCCAAACUACGACUGCUCUCAAGAUAUUAUCGAGCUUUGCAAGCAACUCGAGAAAGACAGCAAUGGGUUCCUGAACAAUGAAGCAUGCACCAGUCCAGGAAGCCUGUGGAGUGAAUCUUCCUCAGUCGACGAACUAGAAGACACGUCGUUGUACACGCCCCAGUACACAACGUUGGGACCAGAGUUUUCAUGUCAGACGGACAACUUGUGGAAAAAUUUUUAUCAGUACCCCACCUGCCUCUGAAGCCUCCAGCAGAGGAUCGGACAGGACGCUUUGGACUUUUAGGAGCUUUUUCUGUCCCACCCUGACUUUUCCAUUUGAGAGCAAGCCCCCCCACACACCCUACGGCUUCCCCUCAAGUGUCCACACAGUAAGCUAAGUCACCGCCCAGCCUGGCCCAUGGACUUUUGGUAGCAGUUAAGGAGACCACCUCUCGGCGCCCCCCCCAAUGUGAAGAAUGAAGACAUUGUCGUUGGCUUUGACUGGAUCAAAGCAAUGUUGCUGUUCAUUGUGAAGUUGUUCUAGUACACGAUCCCUUAUUUUUUAGAAAGGUAUUAUAACCUACUGGUAAUUAGAAAAAUAUACAUACUGCAAAUAGAAAUAGGCUAGCUCUAAUAGCACAUGGUUUGUGUUGGUUUUCUUUAAUUGAUACAGCCAUUUAAUUGUAAAAUCUCUCUUCUUAUCCGUUAUGUGCGCACGUAAACUUAUCUUAAAAUGGGAAGAAAUGCAUUCGUACAUCAUACAACAGCUUUUUGUGGUGCUUAGGUGUGAGCUCAAGGUUAACUGUAAAAUAUUCAUGUACAUAGUUGUUUGUUUUUUGUGUUUUUUUACAAUAAAAAUAAAAAUAUCUUGAAAAAAAAA